CCUCCACCCAGUGCCAUACCUUCCAAGGCCAAUUUCUGCUUGCUCCUCCUCUCUCCUAAGAUGGGUACUUACCAAGGAAAGUAAGUUUCCCCAAGUAGGACCACUGUGGCUAAAAAUGAGCAACUGAACGUAGGCGGACAGGACCAGCAAGGAAACAACCGCUAAGAGUUAAGGACUGCAGGACGUGCCGCUCCCGGACAAGGCCUAGGACUCUGCCACGAGAAGUGACGUCAAUGCUGGGCUUGAGCGGUGCCAGGCAACUCUGGCAACGGUUAGCGUCUCUGGCAACCGUUGGCAACACUGGCAACGGAGGCAGCUACGCCUCUGGACUGAGCACUUGGACUCAGCUCUUCUGUGUUUUCAGGAUGGAAGACACUUACAUGGAUUCCCUGGACCCUGAGAGGCUAUUACAAUGCCCCUAUGAUAAAAAUCACCAGAUCAGGGCCUGCAGACUGCCUUAUCAUCUUGUCAAGUGCAGAAGGAUUCACCCUGAUGUUGAGAACAAAGUGGUUACUUGUCUCUUCAAUGCUAGCCACCGGGUUCUUCAUGCUGAAAUUAUUAAUCAUAUCUCAAGCUGUGAUGACAAGAAUUGUUCUGAGCAGCAUGUGGACAGCCAAAUCAGAGAUUUUGGACAAGAACCCAUGGCUGAGAGCACAUGGCAGGGCCCUCCAUGUGAAGAAGACUGGGAUAAAGCAGAAUUGUUGGGGCAAUCUAGCACCCCAUUUGUCUGGGGCACUGCCCACUUAUGUGUCAACAACAGUUCUGCAAACAACAUAAUUACAGAACGUAAGAGAAACCUGGCCUCAGGCAGGCGGGUUCCCAAGACUGUGCGCUAUGUUCUACCAUGGAAAAACAAUGGAAAUGCACAGUAACUGGACAUUAGUCUUAGAUGCCAGACACUGGAAGAUUCUUAUUCCUGCUACACAAGAAUUCUUCAUUUUGACCCCCUUAUCUAAAUAUACAACAGUAAACUGUGACUUUCAAACUGACAAAUGCCUUUUUUCCUCCUUUGUGUUCUUUAGACAUUUGGUGUCAGAGCUUUCAUAUAUAACAUUUAGUUAGAUACUUUGAGCAUUUGUUCUAAUUAAUGAGACAAAGAUUUGACAUUAUCUUAAGUAUCCCAGAAAAGGAAGCAGGAAACAUGGGCUAGAAAAAAUAAUUACGUAUUUGUGUUCUCUGGCAUCCACUGACUUUCUUUUAUUUUUUCUUUGUUUAGUUCAUUUGUUUGCUUUUUGAGGCAGCACCUCAAACACCUCAGCACAGUAGCCCAUGCUGGCUGUGAACUCAGGGUCCUGCUGCUUCAGUCAUCCAAGAGCCAUGACAACCUGGCCUGGACAAAUUUACAGAAAUGGGUUUGUUAAUAUCAACAUAUCUGUUCAUGCAAUCUCUGAGAUGUUGAUAGCAUUUACAUAGCACUUCCUUUUUAUUGUUUUGCUUGGGGAUUUUGCUGAGAAUGGUGUAGAACUCACUAUGUAUCUCACUGCUGGAAUUAUAGGCAUGUACACCUGCCCUCCAUUCAUAUUUAAAAUCUUUAGGACAUCUUGCUGUGUGAACAUUUCCAACAUAGAGAAGGUUUGUUUUAUUUAUGUCUACACAUUCCAUAUAGAAAAUGUAGUAGUUGUUAAAAUAGGUGUUAAUUAUUACAUAGGGUUGAAGCCUGCAAAGGAGGAAGGAACAAAGAAAUCUGUGGAGAAGACAUAGGCUUUUGAGAUGUGUGAGAAUUUUGAUUCUGUUUCCAACAUUAAAUCUGUGAGGAUGACCACCAUAGGAUAUGUGUGUGUCCAUUUAGAUUCCCGAAACACCCUAGAUCUGGCUAUUCUAGCAUCUCAUGGACUCUCACCAGGAGGAGACUUUAUGGUCUCUCCAGAUGAGUUUUGGUAGGAGUGUGUUACUGUGUUAGGAACUGAACCUAAAACCUGAUGCCUGCAAAGCUAGUGUUCUAUCACCCAGACAAGUUUUAGGUUGUUUUCAGGAUAAAUUUGGUUUGGUUUUAAAACCGUAAGGCAUAGGGUAGAGUUUGGGAUCUGGUAUAAAUAGGAAUUUGGAUGAAGCAUACCUACAAAUGUUUCCAGAAAUAUUCUCUGUAGUAUUGUUUGCAGGUGACAGAUAAGAUUGGGGCAUGGAGUUCAGUGGGCUGCCUCCUUCCAAGAGUUUCACACAAGCAGGAUUCUCUCCUAAUGUGGCAGAGCUAUGUGGUUUAUUUAGGUCCACACUAAAAGCAAUCAGCACCAGUUCAACGUUAUUUC